CCACAAAGAUGAUGGAGUGCUAGGCUCUGCACUGGUGGUUCCGCUGGCCUGGAGAGACUUGUCCGAGUGCCUGCUGACUUCCCGGUGACAGCCGUGGGCGUGCCCUGCUGCGGUGGGUGAGGGAUGGCGGCCCUGCAGCUGAGCAGUGCGCAGAAAUGCCUGUCCCGCAGGGUGGGUGGUGUAGACGCGGCGAUUCGUGCGCAGCACAGAGCAACACAACGCGCCAGGGCUGGGUGAGGGUCCGCGGCCAUGGUGCGGGGGACACUAGUCGAGGGGAAAAGAUGACUCCAUGGCUGAAAAUCCAAUGAAAAGAGCAAAGCGGCGUCGCGAGGCCGCGGGGAGGAGGCGUUCAGGUGCUGCUCCUGCCCGGCGGGAGGGGUGUGGAGUGUGGGCCUAGGGCGCCGAUCUCAGGCGAGCCCGGCCGACGGUGAGACCUGCGCUGAGGCGACCUCGUCGGAGGACGACGCCCGCAUCCCGUCCCCGCCGGCCGGCCUCAAGCCCGGCGCGGAAGCCUAGGAACCUGCCCGCUAGUUCCUCUUCGGGCCGGCAGCGAACUACAUUUCCCGGCAUGCCCGCGCUGCCGGCCGGGGGCGGGCCUGCGACGGAAGAGGCCGCCGGAGGACGUGAGUCAUUUCCGUUGCGCGAGUGGGUCCACGUUCUGUAGUCGUGAGCGGAGGCCAGGAACAGCGCGCGGCUUCCGGCUUCGUGCGACGGAAGUGACGCGACGCUGGGCGCGGCGGCGCCGAGUGCAGAGCCGGGGUCGCGAUGAAUUGCGUGCUGUGUGCGCCGGCUGCUGGGGCCCUCCGGGUGCUGAGGCUCGUGCGCUGGCCUUUCCGAAGCCUGCAUCCUCCGCCCGGUGGCCGGGCUCGUGCCCAGCCCGCGGCCGAGGGUGAGGAAGAGGAUGACCCUAACCGCCCCCUUCAGUUUUCCUCCAGCAAAGCUAUCCCGUUCCGCUGGACAGUGAAGCACUCCCUGGGAAGGGAGCAGCAGCGGCCCUGGUGGAGGGUGCUGCCCUUCAGCCUGUGCCUCAUGGUUCUGGUCAUCUGGUGCUUCUUUAGGCAGGAGACCAGCGCGGACCGGUGGUUGAGACGGAUGUUGGAAGAAGAGGUACCGGAGCCCAGCGAUCGUUCUGAAGAGCCUGGAACUCCGGUGGCCCAUGGGGCGAGAACUUAAUGGGGUGCCAGCAGCGAGGGGACAGAUCUCAGUCUUUAGGCUUUGAUGUCGCGUUUGACCGUUUCUGUCCUGGUUACGCGCGUCCCCAGACUGAAGGACUUGGAUGGCGCGCCUGGCAAAGCUGACUCGUUGAAGGCAAAGCAGAAUGUCAGCAAAUCGGAACCGGCUCGUUGCCUGAUACUUGUUGCCAUCGAAUACGUCCAAAAGACUUUUCAGGUCCAUAGAAAGGGUUUUGGUUGCAGCGUGUGCUGUUGGAUUUGUGAUGUCUUUGUACAACAUUAUCACGUUUCCAAAGGGAUGCUGGUGACACUUGUAAUCCAGUGUGAUCCACUUUACAGGUCAUUUGCUUUCUGAGACAGAAUAACUAGCAGAAGAGUUAAACGUUUUGUUUUACAAUGUACCGUGAUGUGUAUAAAUUGAUGUUAGUUUAACAGACUAACAAUAAAUAUUAAUUUGGUAAUGUGGAAUUAAGCCAA